AUGGGUGUACUCAAGAGUGGCUCUCUGUUCCUUAUAUUUGCUGUUUCUCUCUAUCCUGUCUCUGUGCUUCUUUUGACGAAUCCUUGGUUACAACGACAUGCAUUAUAUGCUCACAAGAUACAUUCUGGCUUCUGGCACGAUGUCAACAAGCCUGAAUCCUUUGGGUUUGCAGCUCAUCAGGUGACUCCUUUCAACGUCAGCACACCUGAUAAUGAAGUGCUCUAUGCAUGGCACAUCCUGCCUCUGGCAACAGUCGCCGCGAACAGAGAUGCUUUGGCUGCUUCUGAUCCACUUGAUCAAACCCUCCCUCUUCAGCUUCUUAAAUCUGACCCAAAGGUCAGAGUGGUUAUUAAUUUCCACGGCAAUGCAGGCCACGUAGCUCAAGGUUGGCGGACAGAUACCUACCGCGCCCUCUCAAACCAACCCCACACCCACAUCUUCACCGUCGACUACCGCGGUUUUGGUCGUAGCACCGGCUCUCCCACAGAACAAGGCUUGAUAAUCGACGGCCGCGCUCUAGUCCACUACGUCCUCUCCCUAGGCAUCCGACCCUCUCGCAUCGUAAUCCUCGGCCAAAGCCUGGGCACCGCCGUCGCCACAUCCGUAGGCCUCAGUUUCGCUCACCCCACCUCUGACCUUCUGCCUCAAACCGCAACGGAUGAAAGCCCGAAGCAAAUGGUUUUCAGAAGCAUCAUUCUAGUAGCACCCUUCUCAUCGCUUCCGGACCUUUUGCUCAGUUAUAGAAUUGGAGGGCUUAUUCCUGUAUUGGCACCUCUUCGCCACUCACCCUUCCUCGUCCGCAUGAUCUCGAAACAUAUCCUCGAUACUUGGCCUACUGGUCUGCGUCUUUCUGCCUACGUCUCUUCCGCUGCUGCUGUUCCUGCUUCCAAGACCAAUGGAGCUGGAAACGUGCAUAUUCUGCAUGCGAGGGAUGAUCAGGAUAUUGCGUUUGCACAGACGGAGAAGCUGUUCGCUAUGGCUACUGGGAGGGAGAUUGAGGUUUUGCCUCUGGGGAAGAGGGAUGUGGAGAUGCAGGGGAAGGUUAAGGUUAGAGUGGAGAUGUUGGAGUAUGGGAUGCAUAAUCGGGUUGUUACGUAUGCUCCUGUGCAACUCGCUGUUAUGAGGGCUUUUGAAGGGAUUUGA